AUGAAGCUAUUCUUGGCCUUGGCAGGCCUCCUGGCCCCUCUGGUAGUGCUUCAGACCUCCAGUGGUGCCACUCCAGCUAUCCCGGGGGAAGUAAUGGAUUCAAUGGUGCUGACCUGUAUGGAGGAGGCCAAACUACUGGUGGACAAGGCCUACAAGGAUCGGAGAGAGAGCAUCAAGCAGAGUCUGCGCAGUGGCUCCGCCAGUCCCAUGCAGCUCCUCUCCUACUUCAAGCAGCCGGUGGCAGCCACCAGAACGGCUGUGAGGGCUGCUGACUAUCUUCACGUGGCCCUGGACCUGCUGAAGAGGAAGCUGCAGCCCCUGUGGCCAGGGCCUUUCAAUGUCACCGAUGUGUUGACACCUGCUCAGCUGAAUCUGUUGUCCAAGUCAAGCGGAUGCGCCUAUCAGGACGUGGGGGUGACAUGCCCAGCGCAGGACAAGUAUCGCACCAUCACCGGACACUGCAACAACAGACGCAGCCCCACGCUGGGGGCCUCCAACCGCGCCUUUGUGCGCUGGCUGCCUGCAGAGUAUGAAGACGGGGUCUCCAUGCCCUUCGGCUGGACGCCCAGAGUCAAGCGCAAUGGCUUCAACGUGCCGCUGGCUCGAGAGGUUUCCAAUGCCAUCGUGCGCUUCCCCAACGAUCAGCUGACCAAGGACCAGGAGCGCUCACUCAUGUUCAUGCAGUGGGGCCAGUUUCUGGACCACGACAUCACCUUGACUCCCGAGCCAGCUACCCGGUCCUCCUUCUUAACUGGCCUCAACUGCGAGACCAGCUGCCUGCAGCAGCCACCCUGCUUCCCCCUCAAGAUCCCACCUAACGACCCUCGAAUCAAGAACCGAGAGGACUGCAUCCCCUUCUUCCGCUCCUGCCCUGCCUGCACCGGGAGCAACAUCACCAUUCGCAACCAGAUCAACGCGCUCACGUCCUUCGUGGAUGCCAGCGCGGUGUACGGCAGCGAGGACCCCCUGGCCAGGAGGCUGCGCAACCUCACCAACCAGCUCGGGCUGCUGGCUGUCAAUACCCGCUUCCAAGACAACGGCAGGGCCCUGAUGCCCUUCGACAACCUCCACGACGACCCCUGCCUCCUCACCAAUCGUUCCGUGCGCAUUCCUUGUUUCCUGGCAGGGGACAUGCGCUCCAGUGAGAUGCCCGAGCUCACCUCCAUGCACACCCUCUUUGUUCGAGAGCAUAACCGGCUGGCCACACAGCUCAAGCGCCUGAACCCUCGCUGGAAUGGGGAGAGACUCUACCAGGAGGCCCGGAAGAUCGUGGGGGCCAUGAUCCAGAUCAUCACAUACCGGGACUACCUGCCCUUGGUGUUGGGACCAGCAGCCAUGCGGAAGUACCUGCCCAGGUACCGAUGCUACAACGACUCAGUCGACCCUCGAAUCGCCAACGUCUUCACCAACGCUUUCCGCUAUGGCCACACCCUCAUCCAACCCUUUAUGUUCCGCCUGGACAAUCAGUACCGGCCCACAGGGCCCAACCCUCGGGUCCCACUCAGCAAGGUCUUUUUUGCCAGCUGGAGAGUUGUGUUGGAAGGUGGCAUUGACCCCAUCCUCCGGGGCCUCAUGGCUACCCCUGCCAAACUGAAUCGCCAGAACCAAAUUGUGGUGGAUGAGAUCCGGGAGCGACUGUUUGAGCAAGUCAUGAGGAUUGGGCUGGACCUGCCCGCCCUGAACAUGCAGCGUAGCAGAGAUCACGGCCUCCCAGGAUACAACGCCUGGAGACGAUUCUGUGGCCUCCCACAGCCCAACACAGUGGGGGAGCUCGGCACGGUGCUAAAGAACCUGGGAUUGGCACGGAAGCUGAUGGCGCAGUAUGGCACGCCCAACAACAUUGACAUCUGGAUGGGUGGUGUGGCCGAGCCCCUGGAGCCCAGUGGCCGAGUAGGUCAGCUCCUUGCCUGCCUCAUUGGCACUCAGUUUAGGAAUCUUCGAGAUGGUGACCGGUUUUGGUGGGAGAACCGAGGGGUGUUCAGCACACAGCAGAAGCAGGCCCUGGCCACCAUCUCCCUGCCCCGAAUCAUCUGCGACAACACCGGCAUCACCACCGUGUCUAAGAACAACAUCUUCAUGUCCAACUCGCACCCUCGAGACUUUGUCAGCUGUAACUCCCUUCCCAGGCUGAACCUGACUUCCUGGAAGGAGGCCUAGUGG